AUGACGUUUGGAUUUUAUUCAUUUUGUUUCUUUAAUUGUACAUCUAUAAAGAAAUAUUUAAAUUUAAGCAUAUCUAAUGUCACUAUGAAUAAUUGGGAUUUUAGUUUAUUCGACUGUUGUUCAGCACCUUUGAUAUCUUGUAUUUCUUGCCCAUUAUGUCCUUGUCAGAUAGCUAGACAAAGAGCAACCAUUAAAGGUAGAUUUGGUUUUGGAGAAUGUCUGUUUUCAUUCUGUUGCUUACCAUGUGCAGCAUGCGGACUUAGAAAUAGAAUUAGAAAUCGAUAUGAUAUUAGAGGAAAUUCAAUAGGUGAUUGUAUUUGUAUUUGUUGUUGUGGAUGUUGUACUACUGUUCAGCAAGCAAGAGAAAUGGAUUUCAAAGGUGAUAAGCCAGGUGGUUUAUUUAUGCCACGACCAAACCGAAGACCAACACAAGACGAAGAAGCACCUCCAACACAAACUCCCCAUUCACCUUCUGAAACCUAUCAAUAA